AUGACUGAGGCAUCUUCAUUUACUUCAAUUCCUGUUCUGGAUUUCUCGCAAACCCAGUCAUCUUCAACAAAGACUGCAUUCAUCGCCUCCCUUCGAGAGGCACUUAUAAAUGUCGGGUUCUUCUAUAUUCAGAACCCACCCAUUUCAUCUGAUAUUCAGAGUGAUAUCACCCGAAAUGCUUUAGCCCUUUUCGAUUUAUCGUUGGAGAAGAAGAUAGACAUCGAGAUGGUCAAUAGUCCGCACUUCCUCGGAUAUUCACGACUUGGAGCUGAAAUUACCGCUUAUAAGUCUGACUACCGUGAGCAGUUUGAUUUUGCAACCGAGCUUCCAGCUCCAGGGCCGGACGAGCCUUUGUAUAGAAAUAUCCGCGGUCCAAAUCAGUGGCCGGAUGAGACGGCAUUGCCUGAUUUCCGCCAGGCGCUCGAAAGGUACUUGGAUGAAGUGCGAAUUCUAGCUGAAUCCUUCACACCACUCAUCGCAGAAGCUCUCGAUCUUCCUCCAACUGCUUUUGAUAAAGCCUUUGAUAACCCACAGCAACAUAAAUUGAAGUUGAUCAAGUACCCACAGCCACCAGCAACGGCGGAUAAUAAAACAGGCUUCCAGGGAGUCGGCGCUCAUAAAGACUCUGGAUUUCUUACCUUUCUCCUUCAAGGAACUCCUCAUCACGGCCUGGAAGUUCAAAAUAAAGCUGGGGAUUGGAUUCCAGCUCCUCCGCUCCCAGAUACGUUUGUGGUCAAUAUUGGUCGAGCUCUUGAAGCACUGACCGGAGGUAUAUGCAUGGCCACUACGCAUCGUGUUAGCAUGCGACAGAGCAACUUUAUAGACUCUAAUGGCGCCUCCCUUGGACCUCGACUUAGUUUCCCUGUCUUCCAGGGUGUGAGUCCUGAUCUUUCGUCCGAGAAGAUCUCUAUUAAAAUUCCAGAGCACAUCCGUGACCUGGUCAAAGAUGCUAAGGUAAAAUCAGAUGCCGAAGCAACAUUCAAUGACAUGUUCCGCACAAGUAUUGGUCAAGGGACUUUUGUCGCCCGGGUGACUAGCCAUCAAGACGUGGGAAAGCGAUGGUAUCCUGAAGUGUUGGCUAAUGCUCUCAAGGGCCAGAAGGAUUUCAUUGCCCGGUAA